AAAAGAAAAACAAAAUAUUAAACAUAAUCAGUCGGGUUACUUUUUCGAAGUUUUAGUUAUUUUUUGACCUAGAAUCAGGAUGUCUGCCCUGCGCCGUGACGUUUCGCCUAUAUUGCAGCGCAUUCGGGCCUUCCUCCUAGGCCGGGAGCAUAACCUGGCGCUGCGCUUUGAGGAUGGACUAGCCGAUCGCACCCAGCCCCAGCCAAAUAUUCCCGACGGACCAUCCCAUCUAGCGUCGGCCAACUAUUACUGCCAGCGGGAUGCCCGUCGCGAGGUCUUUCCGCCUAUUGACCUGGUGGAGCAGCAAAAGCAGCUUGCAGCAGAGACUGCCGAAGCGGCGAAGGUCGUUUCCUCUAAGCUGCCCACCCCGGGCAAAGUCUAUGCCUGGGAUUAAUAGCCCGCUUCCCCGCAGGAAUUUUCUUUUUUUUUGAGUUGUAGUACGAGCCCGUUAAAGCUAAUAUAGUAUCCAUUGAAAUACAA